UUAUGGACUAAAGAACUCCAAUACAAAGGUUAAUUGAAGAAUUACAUACAGGAUCAGCUGCUUAAUUAUUAGAAGUGGUAAAUCAAUGUGAAUAAACACCAAACAUCUAAUUAACAAAAGCAAUCUUGUUAAUAAAUAAUAAGAAUUAUUAAGAAGCCUCAUAAAUUUUGAAAGGACUGAAGGAUCAUCCACUUUAUCCAUUUACAAGAUUAUAUUUACUUUAUGUUGAAGGAUAAUAUCAAUAGGUUAUUACAGAAUCUAGAAAAAAUAUGCCAGAAGAUCAAUUAUUAAUAGGAUAGGCAUAUUUAAAAUUAGGAGAAUUUGAAUAAGCAAUUUAAUUAUUUUAGAAAUUACUUAAAGAUGUAUUAUUAUGUGUUAAUAAUCAAGAGCAAAUUUCAAAAGGACUCUUAGGAUAUUUUAACAAAUAUUGCUAAUGCUGCUAUUUAAUAAAAUGAGGAGAAUUAAAUGAAACAAAUUAAUUUAUAAAUAACAGAAUUUAUUAAAAAGAAUAAAAAUCAAUAUGCCAGAGAAUUAUUACUUAACCAUGCUUUACUUAAUUUAUAAUUAAAUGAGUAAAUUUUUAUAAUUUAUAAUAAACUUUAGUUUAAAAACAGCAAAAGAGUUAACUAUUAGAUUUGAAAAUAUGGUAAAAGUUGAGAAUGAAUAAGAUGAGGAUCUAUUUUUAGCUUAAUUAAUUUUAGAUGUCAUAAAUCCAGGAGAUUACAAAAGCAAAGUUAAAUAGUAAUAAUUAUCAAUCUAAUUUAUAGAUAUGAAAUUUUAGAAAAAACUUCAGAAUAAGCAGUAUUAUUGAAUAAUUUGGCAGUAUUUUAAGAAUAUAUACAUCCACAUCAUGAUUCAUUGAAAAGAGUAGAAGAAGCAUUAUCAUCAGAUUAUAAAUUUACACCAUCAUAACUCAAUGUUUUAAAAAUUAAUAAAGCUAUUUUAUAAAUCAUUAAAAAUAGACCAACUAAAGAAUAAGGUUUACCAUUAUCUAUUCAGAUUGCAAUUAAUAGAUUAAAAUGGGAUUAACCAAUUGAAGAUCCAUAUCAAUAUUUAAUAUUUGCUACUAAUAAUGAUAAUACAAAUAAAAUAAUUGAAUUAUGUAAUGUAAAAAAUUGGAAUUAAAAUAAAGUAUUAAGUACUUUCAUCUUGGCUAAUAUUCUCAAAUUAUCUGAUGAUUCUCCUUAUGAUAAAUAAAUUUAAUUGAUUGCUUAAUUUCAUAAAUCUUUAGUUUGCAAUUACUAUAUUAAAAGAGGUAAUCUUGAUAAAGCUUUAUAAUACUAUACUGAAGAUUAACAAAUCAAGAGUUAACUUGCUUUAUUAUGUAUUGAAAAGGGAUAACUUCAAUAAGGAGCUAAAUUUAUUGAUUCUUUAUAGUAUGAUGGAAUAACAGAUAUGAAUGAAAUUGAAAAUUUAGAGAAGAAUAUAGGAUUAUCAAAAAAAGUAGAAGUUUAAGUGAAGAAAAUAUAAAAAAAGAAAAAAAAGAGAAUUAGAUACCCUAAAAAUUUUGAUAAAACCAAUCCUGGUCCAUUGCCAAAUCCAGAAAGAUGGUUACCUAAAUAAGAAAGAAAAGAAUGGAAAAAGAAGAAAUAAAUUCAUAGCAGAACUUAAGGAGGUAAUGCAGGAAAUGAAACAGUAAAUACAUUCAAAUCAAGUGGAGCAUCUACAGCAUAGGUUAGUGUAGCUUAGAAAAAAACAAAUAAAUAUAGAAAAUGA